UUUUGUCUACAAGACGCGGGUCGAGCGUCAAUCAACGCGACUUGGGUUGACACUGACAGAAACGUCAUCUCCUGAGAGUCGCUGUGCCAUUGUGCACUUUACCGCAAAGCCCGCCUUCUAUACGCACAUCGGUUCAGUUCUAUCCAUCUCUACUGCAACGUGCCCAGUAUUCCGCAUUUGCUGUUCAUUUCUUUUCUCCAAUCGCCGUCGGCCAGGCAAAGGCCCUAGUGCGAACCACCUCCCGGCCACCUUGCGCAAGUGGGCUCUGUGUAGCCAAUCGUUAAGAUGUUCUCCAUGGCACUUCCAGAACUGAUGCCUCACGACUCCCACGCCCUGUGGUACUCGUCGUCGCGCGCCCCAAUCCCAACCUCGUUUCUCGACCCAGCUCAGAAUCCUAGUGGUCACCUGACCAACGAGGGUCUCCAAGAUGGAUCCCCCGGCCUCCAAACUCGUCGCCACGGCGCCGCGGCAGUCGAACGCAGCGCACUGGCCCGCCUGAGGGCAGACGAGGUCCUGCAGGAACGGAGACGACACAAUGUGGGCAACUUUGGCGCGACGUGGCUCAAGCCGCCUGGCAUAACCAAGUCACUCUACCAGCUGCGUGAGGAGCGGCGCGAGGCCGAAGAGCAUGCUGAAGCGAUGCGGAGGGAGCAGCUCGCGCAGCAGCUUGCUGAGGCCGAGGCCGAAGGAGAGGGCCUCAUGGAGGGUGGGGGCGAUGUCAUGGACGAGGCCGAGGACGGCGCGGAGGAUGCUGGCGAGGCUCCAGUCGAGAGGGACUUGGACGACGAGAUCCCGGAUGCAGACGAGGGAUUUGGCUACGAUGGGGCCACUACGACGAGCGAGGAAGACGAUAGCGAGGACAGUAAUGAUACGGAAGACGAUGGACCAGUUCCCGAGCGGGUCAGCAUUGGUGGUGCGGCUCAAAGAACACCAGAUGCCCAUGCAGCCGCCCAACAGAGGAGAGAGCUACGUCAAGUCGUUGCCACGGAGGAUCGAUUCCUUGGGAUGAUGUCACGUGGUCAGGCGGCAAAUAAUCAGGAAGAUGACAUGUACCCCGGUGCGGACGAUGAGGUUGACGAUGAGGAAGCUGCCGAGAUGCUGCAGGAAGACGACCUGAUCUAUGCUUCAUAUAACAAUGGUGGUCUGGAUGAUGGCCUUGACAUGGACAUGGAUGGCGAUCUUGACGACGAUAUCCCUGAGGCGGAGAGCGGUGGUUAUGAGCACACCGAUAGCGACGCCUCGUUGACUAGCAGUGACGAGGAUGAGGAUGGCCCGGUUGAAACGAGCUUCGCGCAAGGCCACCCGUCCGCGUCAUCGCAGUUCAGGAGCGUCAACUUAAGAGGCCAGGGGCAGUAUGGGAACCCCAGAGCCAGUCUGGACUUGAGCAGUGUUCUUUCUCGGGACGGAAGCAGUCUGCCAGGCAGUAGCAGUCCCCAGGUCCGGAGGCUGCCUUGAACUGGAAUGUAAUAGAGCACGGGAAAUACACAAACAGUGCGCAGAUCUGGGCAGGGAUGCUUGAUUGAGAAACCACAACAUAAUCAUGACUGAAAGUUCUUGUAUACUUAUUCUUGUGGAUGAAACAUGAACCAACGACAACGAAAAGCAUAAAUACCCAUCGAAGAUUAUCCAUCAUAACAAUUAUAUCAAAGCAGUGA